CCCCGGAGGAGGAGGGAUCUCUAUGCUCUUCCAGAGCUCUGUGAAUAGGGCAGGCACCGAUCGGCCGGUGUCUGUAGCCCGGCUCCUCGGGUAGGCACUAUGCCUAUGGUCUACGCUCUGCUCCUGGCAGUGCUUCUGGUUCUGGUGAUCGUCGUGCUCCUAGGAAGAUGGCUGCUCUGUCGCCUGGCAACGAGCUGGUGUGAGAGAAAACUUGGGGCCGAGUUAAGAAUCGGGAGUCUGGGGUUCCUACGGCUCAAUAACGUCAGUCUGAAGUUUGGAAAGCAACAGCAGCAAAUCUUGGAAAUUGAUAGCAUCUGUGUGUCUACCAAACUACUGAAUCAUGAGUUACAUCGUUAUUUUGCCCUGUGUUUCGGAGAGGUGCGUAUUCGAACAGACCUUCAAGGAUUAUCGCUGCCUCACCAAAGGACACCCAGGGCUCCUUCAGAAGCGGCCCCAGGUAGAAGUGGGGACAACACAUCAAUUAGUCCAUCAGUCUUAAAAGUUAUAUCGCAACUGCUGUCUAUACAUCUGGACUCUGUGAAUAUUAUGGUUCUUAACGUAGCCGAGUCUGAAUCUUUGUGGCAUGUCACUUUUUCGAAGAUAAAUGUAAUCCUGGACAGCGAUGGGAAAAAGAUAGACUGCACACUGAGCCUUAACCAACUAACCAGCAAAUUACUAAAAAGCAGUAAGCAGGAUGAAGCCUGUCUUGCAGAACUGUCCCUGGCUUUGUCUCUGGAGUGCAGCGUGAAGGAAAAAAGCCUGCGCGCAGCCAGCCUGAGGGUGCGGGCCCUACAUGCCGAAGUGCAUGAAAGUCUCUUCAACAGUGACCUGCUGCAGAAGAAGCUGGUUUCAGCAGUGCAGAGCAACACUGAUGAGAGCAGUAACAUUGAGGAACAGGCAAACCUAGGAGAUGCUGAACCUCCGAAGUGGUUGCAGCUUGUUGAGCGGCUUCCUUGUAAACUGGAUGUGGGGUUUGAGAACAGCACUGUGGUCCUGUCUAUGAACAGCCAACAGAGGCACCUAAACUGGACGUUAAAGCUCCUACGGUAUUCUUAUUUACGUGAGGAGGAUCAGCUACCCAUGCGCAAGUUCAUUGGCACUUCUGAACUUGCUCAGAUGACCUCUGAACUGUUAGUGGAAGAUGGUCUGCUGUUGUCUCAGAGCCGACAGAGAAUUGUCUGUUUGAACCACUUAAAAGCCAGUGUACAGGUAACAUCCAUUGAUAUCCAAAGCAAUGUAACACUCAAUACUUGCAUUAUCCAUUACCGUCACCAGGAGUUUUUUCAUUGGUUCAGCUUGCUGGCGCUGGAUCGUCAGCUACAGAAGGAUGCAAAAGCCUCAACCAAAUAUAAUCGACCUCUUCCUGUGAUAUUAGCACCAAUAAUUUUCAAUUCGAACAUCUCUAACAUCAACAUGUCUAUCCAGCUUGAGGAAGCUCAGCCUUUUGCUGUGGGAUUUUCAUCGGUGUCACUGGAGUUCAAGCACCUACGCACACAGAAUCUUCACCAGAGGGUUCUUCUGUCUGUCAGUAACCUGUGUUGGAGGGUGGGAAAAGACUCUCACAUCCAACAGGCCCUUCACCCUCCAAAUACUCACAUUUGGGGCGAGGCUUGUGUUCUCGACUCCUUUAGCUUACAGGGCAGCUACAACCAAUCGGUGGGUGUUGGCAUCAUGCAGGCAGACUCCCUCUUCAUAGAAUCCACUGUGCAAGGCCUGCAGAUAGAAUUUUCAGACACAUGUGCAGAAUGUCUCUCUCGUCUUCUGAGCCUCAUGCCAGUAGUAUCUAAGCAUCCUGUGCCAACUUCACCAGACCUAUUGUCUCCUACUUCUCCACACGGGGAAGCGGCCAGCAAGCUAGCUGUUCUCUGGAAAGUAGAUAUGCGUGUCGAAGAAGUCAAUUUGUUUACAUUGUCCAACCUAGUGGGUGCCUCUCAGGUGAGAAUAGACCUGCUUACUCUGGCGGGAAGUGCGGAAAGCUGCAGUCUGAGCCUGCAAGGUGUGGCCUUAUCCCUGCUGAAAUCCAUCACUGAGAAGAUGGAACCAUGCUGCAAAUCCCUGGACAUUAGUGAACCACUGCUCUACUUCUCCGUCAUGUCCAUGUCUUACUACACUACUAUCCAAGCAAUAGAGGUGAAAUGUGGUGAGGAGCUGCGUCUGCACUGGAGUCCCUGGGAUCACAUGUACUUGUAUCAGCACACACUGUCUACCCUGCAGUGCAAGAAUCUACUGUUGACAACUUUAGCCAAAGGAACCCAACCCCUGGAGCCAGCAAGAACUGAUUCUGGAGCUUGUUCACCUACACAAGCUCAGACUCCAGUUGCAGGGAGCCCAGGAAUCCAUCGAAAGGGAUUUCAGAUUACUGUGGAUUUAAAAUCUGUGAAACUGAGAGCUACUGUUUCUAAGGACAACUAUUUUCUGUUCUUGGCUCAGAACAUCUGGCUUAGUAAACAUGGAGGCUCUCUUCAGCUGCGCUCCCCUGAGGUCAUAGUCAAUGCAGAUGGGCACAACAUAUUCCUUUUCAAAGACAUGGAUGCACAAAGACUACCUGAACUGGAAGACAUGCUGCUGCAUCGCAGUCAUUUCAACACGCUUCUCACAGAAAGGAAUCGAGCCUGGGUUUUGGAUAUUCACAACGUUUCCAUUGAAUUUCCACAUCGCUAUGACUUCUCGUGCAUACUUGAUGAGGCCAUAGGGGUGCAAAAGUGGCUUAAAGGUCUCCAUCGCUCACCUCGGACUGGGCCUGAACCUCUACCACCCGAUCUGGUGUUCAGAGUUAAACAGUUUUCUUUUUCAUUCCUGGAUGAUGUAUUUGAGGUUAAACUGAGGGACAAUUAUGAGUUGAUGAAGGAUGAAAGUAAAGAAAGUGCAAAAAGGUUACGGCUACUUGAUGACAAGGUGACUGCUCUCCGAAAACAACAUGGGGAAUUGCUACCAGCUAGGAAAAUUGAGGAACUUUAUUCAUCGCUGGAGAAGAAAAACAUUGAGAUUUACAUCCAGCGCUCCCAUCGCCUUUACAGUAACACCCCCAUGAGGAAGUCUUUGCUGACCUGGACCAUGUCUGAUUUAGGAAUAGUAGCCUUGGCUGAUGAAACUCUUCAUGGACCAGACAAGGUGCUAGAGAAUAUGAAAGACAUUGAUAGUAUGAGCCCUUUUCCCUCCGAGGGCUUGUCUUUAGUAAUUCAGUGGUGUCGUAUGAUGAAGUGCUCUCUAAAAACAUUUUCUGUGCGAAUUCGGGACUAUCCCCGAUAUCUCUUUGAAAUCCGAGAUUGGCAUCUUUCGGGCAGACUACUUGGGGCUGAACAAAAUGGACAAGCCAGUGCGCGGAGGAAACAAGUUGUUCAAUUGGGAGCUCCCUGGGGGGAUUCAGUUGUCGAGAGGAACAUGCCACCCCUCAAAUUCUUCUAUGACUUUCACUCUGACAUACAGUUAUACACAAUUGUGUGGGGACCAUGCUGGGACCCGGCCUGGACCUUGGUGGGCCAGUAUGUGGACCUUCUGACCAAAGCUUCUGUGGAUCCCAGCAUCCCAUUACCAUGGUGGGACAAGAGCAGGUUGCUUCUUCAUGGGCACUUCAGCAUGGACAUUGAACAGGCUAAUCUUCAUCAACUGGCCACUGAGGAUCCGUAUAACACAACAGAGAAUAUGCACUGGGAGUGGAAUCGACUCAAGUUUGCUUGGAAUCCAGGACAGUUUAUCUUCAAAGGAGAUCUGGAUGUCAAUGUACGAACGGCAUCUAAGUAUGAUGACUGCUGCUUCCUUCACCUGCCUGACCUGUUUAUGAUCUUUGACCUGCAGUGGUUGUGCCAUGGGAACCCCCAUGAUCAUCAUAAUGUAGCAUUUCGCUCCCCUGACUAUGUUGCAGAGUUCUCUUCCAUCCAGCCUCAUGACUCUUUCCGUGCCUUCCGCUCUGAGAACCUCAACCUUUCCAUUAAGAUGGACCUGUCUCCGUUACAUAAUGAAGUGUGCCAGCCUCGCAUUUUGUUAUACAGCAGCACCUUACGUUGGAUGCAGAAUUUUUGGGCAACAUGGAGCAGCGUGACCCGCCCCAUCUGCCGAGGAAAGCUGUUUAAUAACCUGAAACCGGGAAAGAAGAAGCUGGGACAGCACUACAAGCAACUCUCCUACACUGCCUUGUUUCCAAUGCUACAGGUCCACUACUGGGCCUCCUUUGCCCAGCAGAGAGGGAUCCAGGUGGAGUGUAGUCAAGGCGAAAUCUUCACUCGUGGAGUGCAGAGACUCAUCCCACAAGCUGGUACAGUGAUGCGUCGCCUCAUCUCAGAGUGGAGUGUACCUCAAAUGACCAGCAAACUCAACCUUGUCACUGUACAUCUCAUGGCUUCUACCUGUGAUGAGAAUGCAGAUCACCAGCUUGACAACCUGGUACAGAAAACCCAUUUGCUGAGCCUUUCAUCACUGAGCUAUGACAGACAGGAACUGUCUCCUACUGGUGAAGAGAAUGCCAUCUACACCCAUCGGCUGCACCUGGUUGACCUCAGGGCUUCUUGGACAACUCUUAACAGAGACAUAGCUUUUGGUCUUUAUGAUGGCUAUAAGAAAGCAGCAGUCCUGAAGCGCAAUCUCUCCACAGAGGCCUUGAAAGGACUCAAAAUUGAUGCCCAGUUGCAGGCUAAGAAGCUGAAACGCAGCUCCUCACGCAACUUUCCUUCUCCUAAGCAUGCCAUACCACCUGUAGUUACUGGAAGGAACGAGAGAUCUCUAUCGGGAGGAGCCGAUAUGCUCCAGAAGUUGAUUGAGGAGACGGAUAAGUUUGUCGUUUUUACGGAAGAGGAGUCUGGUGUGAGUGAGCAGUUAUGUGGAAAAGCUGCCUGUCAGGACACAGACAUCUAUAAUCACAACUGGCUUAUUGAGCUGGUAAACUGUCAGAUGGUGCUUCGAGGAGCCGAGACAGAAGGCUGUGUGAUUGUGUCUGCAGCAAAGGCCCAACUUUUGCAGUGCCAACACCACCCAUCCUGGUAUGGAGACACCUUAAAGCAGAAAACAUCUUGGACAUGCCAGCUUGACAGCAUGCAGUACUUUGCUACUACCGAGAGCAGUCCAAACGAGGGAGAAGAUGGCCAGUGCUGGUUGGAGGUGAAAAACAUUGAGGAACACCGUCACAGGAAUCUGGACACUGUGCAAGAGCUGAUGGAGAGUGGUCAGGCUGUUGGAGGCAUGGUCAACACAACUACAGACUGCCAUCAGCCGAUAGAAGCCCACCAAAACCAGCAGGUCCAGAGAAUAAUCUCCCGUUGUAAUUGCCAUAUGUAUUACAUCAGCUACAGUCAUGAUAUUGACCCAGAGCUGGCUCUGCAGAUCAAACCACCUUCAACACCUUUAAACCCAGAGAAGGAAGACUUGCUCAAAGGACAAGAAGCUGCUGCAGAUACAUUUACCCUCAAACACCAACACCUGGAGAUCUCCACAAAUCCAGCACAGUAUGCCAUGAUCCUGGACAUAGUCAACAACUUGCUUCUACAUGUGGAGCCAAAGCGUAAGGAGCAUAGUGAGAAAAAGCAGAGAGUGCGUUUCCAGCUGGAGAUCUCCAGUAACCCCGAGGAGCAGCGCAGCAGUAUCUUGCACCUCCAGGAAGCUGUCCGGCAACAUGUGGUGCAAAUCCGCCUACUUGAGAAGCAGAUGUACUCCAUAAUGAAGCGGCUGCAUGAUGAGAGUAAGAAUGAUAUGCUGCAUGACCAGCACCAGAAGCUUCAGACUCAGCUUUGCCAAGAGAAGAUGGACUUGCAGCAGAAGAGUGAGGAGCUGAACAUCCUUAUUAGGUGUUUCAAAGACUUCCAGCUGCAAAGAGCAAACAAAAUGGAGUUACGUAAACAGCUAGAAGAUGUAAGCGUGGUUCGACGCACAGAAUUCUAUUUUGCACAGGCGCGAUGGCGCCUCACUGAGCAGGAUGGACAGCUCGGCAUUGCAGAGUUGGAGCUGCAGAGGUUCCUCUAUAGCAAGGUAAAUAAGUCUGAUGAUACAGCUGAGCAUCUCUUGGAGUUGGGUUGGUUCACCAUGAACAAUCUGCUACCAAAUGCAGUUUACAAGGUGUCUCUUCGACCACAGAGCCCUGCUCAGUCUGGCAGACAGCUUGCACUAAGGUUGUACAGCAAAGUUCGCCCACCUGUUGGUGGCAUCUCCGUCAAAGAGCACUUUGAGGUGAAUGUGGUGCCUCUCACCAUCCAGCUGACGCAUCAGUUUUUCCACCGAAUGAUGGGAUUUUUCUUCCCAGGACGCAAUGUAGAAGAAGAAGAGGUUGGGGACGAAGAAGACAAAUCAAAACUUGUUACAACUGGGAUGCCAGUAGUGAAACCAAGGCAACUUAUUGCAUCAGAAGACACUGUAUCACUUGGUCCAGGCAAAGGUGUUGGACAGGGAUUAAAUCGAACAACAGGCGUUAGACGAUCAUUUAGAAAAGCACCAGAGCAUCCUGUGGAUGAUCUGGACAAAAUGAAAGAGCGAGCUGCCAUGAACAAUUCAUUUAUUUACAUUAAAAUCCCACAGGUGCCUCUCUGUGUCAGCUAUAAGGGUGAGAAGAACAGUGUGGACUGGGGAGACCUUACUUUGGUGUUGCCUUGUCUGGAAUAUCACAACAACACUUGGACGUGGCUGGAUUUUGCCAUGGCAGUGAAGAGGGACAGUCGUAAGGCUUUGGUUGCACAGGUCAUUAAAGAGAAGCUACGACUGAAACCUGCUGCAGGUGCAGAAACCAAAGGCAAGACUGAAACAAAGACCGAUAUGAAUCAACAGGAGGAGGACGAGAAGGCAAGACUUAUCAUUGGACUCAGUAUGACUGAUAAAAAUACUGGAAAGAAGUCCAUAUUUGGCAGGAGGAAAUAAACUGUGGACACGUAUUAGAUGGCCUUUUUGGCUGUAUAGCUCAGAGGAUUGCUUACUGGAAAUCAUGCCCUAAGCAUUCGGUUCCAAGACAGAAAUGUGGGCGAAGUAUCUGAAAAGAUGAGCAGAGUCUUACCGGUGUUGCGGAUACCAGUUUUGCUUUAUGGAAUAGCUUGUAAAAUCAUUGUGGGGCAUUAUUUGUCCCUCUUAUAGAAAUGUAGUAUUCCAAAAGACCUUGCUACAUACAGUUAGGAGACCUAAAUAUCAAGUCCAUAUCAAUUUGUCUUUUCUCCUCUCUGUAGGAUCCAAAUCAGCCCCUUAACUUGAAGUUUUGCCAUGUCUGUCAAUUGGCUCUGGAAAUAGAGUAAAUGAUCAUGCACGUUGUUCUCCUAUCACUAUCCUUCCUACUGGAAGUUACUAGAAGGAUAUUGUGAUCCCACCUAAGUUCAUUAUUUUCACUAAGUGGAUGCCAUGCACUUAAAACUAGAAUUGUAGAAUUUAAAACUGCCCAAUAAUUUAGUUUCCUAGAAUAAUAAUUGAGACAUUUUUGUUCCUAGGCAUUUAGAAAGCACUGGAGCGAUAUUUAUGGUUCAGUCUAUUUUUAUCUUAUAUCCCAGCUGAUACGGAAGACAGCCUCAUGGUGUAGUUACUGUCACGGAGGAUCAAAAAAGUGCAAUUUACAUUUUUAAGUAUGGGUUGAAAGAGUUGAGUACAUUCUGUGAAUGUUGUAUCGGAGGGUAGUAAUCCUGAGACAACAGGUCACACAACCAGCAGUAUGCCCUGUGAUUGUGCCUGUAUACAUAUUGAGGGCAAACAUCUGACCAAGAGCAGCGCCUAACUGAGCACUUAAUACGAACAUCAACUGGCACAGUAGAAAUUGCACUGUCUUUACAGCAUAUUCUGUACAGUAACCGACUUAAACACUGCAUUUACCGUUCUUCUUGGUCAACCCUGUUUUUACUCUAGCAGUACACUGUAAAACGCCUACAAAUAUAGUAAGUAAAAUUGGAGCAGACUGCAAGGCUAAUUUAAUAUCAGUGUGGUGAUGUAAACUGUUAGAAAUAGGCUGUUAUGUGUAUAGCUGCCUCAGGAUUUCUAACACCAGUGCACCUUAUCAGAUGCUGAGCACGGUGCAAGCUUUUCAAUUCCAAGUCACUUACACUUAAAAUUCUUGACAAGCCAUAAAUGAGAUUUAAAACAAGCUUUAAAGUGGAAGUAAACCCGAUUUCAUGAAAUUUGACCUAAGCACAUAUAUCAGUAGUGUUUUAUUAUCUCUCUCCAAAGCCCUGAGUCCUGUGUGUUUCUGCUGUUUCGUUGCUCUGUUAUCAGCAUGAUCACUUCUGACAAGUUCUCUGUCAACCAAGAUAAAAACAGCCUGAAAAUUGUGUUAAGGAAGUUUGCUAUAAAUAGAUUAGCUCCUUCCUUCGCCUAUGUGGAGGGGGGAUGCCUGUCCUCCAAUCGGCUGUAUGCCAAAUAUCCACACAAUGCUGAACAGGAAGACAAAAUCUCUAACACAAUAUGCACUUUCUAAAGAAUAUAUAAAGCGGAAGACAGCAGACAUGCAUGUAAAACUUGGGGAGAUUUGUUUUAUCUCUGUGUAUCAUCUGAGGCUGUUCUCUUCACUGGAUGUAGUAGAGGGUUUACAUCCACUUUAAGUAACUUUUGUAGCUUUAGGCACUAUGGAGAAGUUCAUCCUGAAAGAUGAAAACAGAGACUGAAGUCAGGUUGCUGCCCUUUUCUAAAAAGCACCUGCUGUUUCUUUGCAUUAGAGGGCUUUCAACUUGCCAUGUUCCUGUUGCCAGAGGGAGCAACGAUGGUUUAAAAAAAAGUGUCAGUAUCUAAGAUGAGCUGCGAUUUCUGUGCCUCUCUUGUAAAUUUUAGAGAUUAUUUCUCUACAGUGCCUGCAGCUACAUGGGUCAGUCAUGGUUUUUAGAGCUCCUUUACUGCUUUUUAGGAAUACGGAAAUAUUUGCAUGUCUAAAGCCUGGCUACAUGUUCACUUUAAAAAAAAUUAAAGGUUACAUAUCACCUACAUGAUUGAAGAGCCUCCCAGAAUAUCACGGAAUGGGGAGCCCAUUGCAUCCAUACAUGGUGCAGAAAGAUACGUAGUACAGUAGCCUAUGGAAGCCUGUGGGUUACUGCUUAUCACUGCUGCUAACACCAUGUUACUAUCUUUUAAGGUCUGUAUGCAAUAUCCAAUUAACUAGCUUCCCUAUGAUAAUACAUAAUAUAGUCCAGCAAUAAGCACCAAGUAAAUGCUACAGAUAUGAUGCUAUAUAAAUGACCUGACCCACUAGACAUGCUUUUGAUGUAAACACACUCCCUUCCUCCGAUAGACGAAUGGACCCUGAUACAUGAAGUAUAAGCUCCCUGUUUAACCACUCACUAAGAGGUUGCUGCAUGUUGCCUUCACUCUUUUUGCCUCACUAUUAACACUGUUGCUGCCAGAAGGAUCCGUUUCUGACCUCAAUAGCUGCAAGCGUUUUAUGUGACAAAUGUCUAAUGAACAUUAAAUGAAAAUCGCUUCCUGAUUAAAUAUUUAUUUUUCCAGAGAUUCAUUUGUAAUUCUGAUAUUUCUGAUAUCAUUUUUCUUUUGCUGACUCUUUGGCUUUUUCCCAUAGCCCUUGUGCCCUUAUUCCUAUUUUUUAUUAACACAGAUCAUGGGACUGUAUAUUUCUGGGGUAUCAUGCCACCAGUGUGGUGGGCAUGGACUUCACUUACCUUUGUAGUAAUACAUUCAUGAUUAUGGCGUAAGAGCAUUUCCAGAGGUGGUGUAACUUUUUAUAAAUGUAUAUAUACAUAUUUAUAUGCAUUGAGGUGGGGCUGGGUGCAGUUGUUGCUGCUACAUAGGUGUAUAAACUCCUGCUCUCAUCUGCAGACAUUUGCACUUUUUGGUACGGAUUGCUCUCCACCAAUGAUGAUUAAAAAUCAUAUUGUUACUUUUAAACAUAA